AUGCGGUGUAAAACUUCCAGAAACCUUUCCACUAGUGGAAUUAGGUUGGCGUACAUCAUGCUACUGAGCUCAUGCAAGAUCACACUUGCUAGUCCUGUACCGAGCAGCCCAUCUUGCAUGACAUCCACCUUAAGUCAGCCCACCCCACUGGCCUCGGGACUUGUGGUCUUUGGAUAUUAUGACGGCGACAUUGGCAGGCCUGUUCAGGUUCCAUACGGCAAGGUCUUGGUGACCGACAACGGCAGAAUGCUGUGGGGGUAUUGCAGUGAGCAACUUAUUGCUGAGGACAUCUGUAGGCUUGCUGGUGCGUGUGUGGACAAUCAGGGCUGCAGUGGAGGUUGCACUGUUGGAGCAGCACCGACAACAGGGCUUAGUACAUCGAUGAACGGGGAGGAGGUUCCUUUGCUCAAAUGCAGCUCGGAUCCAGACUCGAGCAUCUGCGCGGCGGCAAUAUGGAUACUCCAAGACGGGCCUGCUUUCACAAGCUUAGGCUGUGAACCGACUCCUAUCACGGCUCACAUCCUGGAGAAGCCAUUCCACGAAAUCUUCAUAGGUCUCGAGACUCCGUUUCCCUCGGAAGAUCCCGCUCAGACUGGACCUAGCGAGGGCGGAUUGAUAUCUCUUGCCACGUCCGUGUUGGCCGAGGCAGGCUAUGAGGCUGCUGAAGCUACCGUAACGGGGGACUCUGAAAAUGGUACAGAAAGUUAUGAUUCUGUUGAGAUGUCAGCAAAUUCACGGAAACUGGAGACAUGGCAGACUGAUUACCCGGCACCUCUUCCCUCUACUACUGCGGCUCCGACCCUAGCAGAGUCUUUUCCAGGGUCAGAUCCAAUAUCAGAGCAGAGUUCACCAUCACCGCCAAGAUCAGAGCCAUCAGUGACAGGGGUACCUAUCACAACUACCACCUCAGCUGCACCUGAGCCAGUCCGUGGAGGCGGCCUUGUACCCGGCCAGGUCGCUGGCAUCGUCGUCGGUAGCAUGGCAGGUGCCGCCAUAUUGGCGCUUGGCGCUCUUUACAUCACCUGGCGCCACCUGGUAACUCGCUUUAGUAUGGCAAUGGGGUCUAUUUACAUGACACUCAGUCGGCCUCGUCCUGCCCCAACUUCUACCGCCCAGUCCCAGACUGCAGGACCGUGA